AUGGUCUGCUCGGCUGCCCCUGUGCUACUCCGGGUGGGGUCACCACUUGCCCGAGAGUCCCAGCCUGGACAGGGUCAGGCUGGAGGGGAAUCAGGGCAGCAAUUGGACCAAGAAAGUGGAGCAGGUGAGUGCAAUGUCGCCCACAAGGGGUGUAGCUACUGUGCUUGCCUCUCCGGGUACCAGUGGAACGCCAGCGUCUGCUCCCAUCACCGCCCCUGCCAAACCCCCCUCGAGCGCUGGCCUUGUGGCUGCCUUGUCUUGGGCCCUGCUGAAGCCGGGCGCUGCCAGCUGCUGCCACCUGUCCCCGCGGCCCUAAGCCUCAACUCCUGGCUGCAGACGCCUGGCGACACCCUGAACCUGACCCUCCUCACGAGCCAGGAGACCACCGACCUGAACUGGUUCCUGUGGCCCACAGGGAGCCCCAGCCCCAUCCUCCUGCGGGCAGGGACACGUGUGUCCUUGACCUCCAGCCGGGACCGGGCUGUCCUCGGCAUUGUCAACAUCUCCCAUAAAUGGGCAGGUGAGUACGCAUGCUGCUUUGAGGCCCGGGGAUUCAGGUGGGAGCUGCGCCAGAUGGUGAGGGUGCCCCUGCAGGUGACAGACGUGGCUGGGCUCCCAGACCAGCUCUCCAUCUCCUGUGCCACCUCCCCUGGCUUCCAGCUGAGCUGCUGCAUCCCCAGUGCCCACCUGGGCUACUCGGCUUCCUGGAGCCCCAGAGACGGCAACGAAACCUCCUUAUUUAACACGCCAGACUCCCAGUGCUUUGUGCUGGCUGUUCAGCGCUGCCCUGCAGCCGACACCACGUACACUUGUGACCUGCAGAGCCCGGGACUGAGCCCUCUCAGGUUUGCCAUCUCUGUCACCGUCAUCCAGGAUGGAGACACCACCUGCCCUGAGGACUCUUCAACUCUUGCCUGGAACGUCACCAAGGCUGGCCAUGUGGCACAGGCUCCAUGUCCCGGGAAGAGGACAGGCAUGGUGAAGCGGCCUUGUAGGCCUGAGGGGGUCUGGGGGCCCAGCCACAGCAGCUGCACGGACACAGGGCUCCUGGCCUUGCUUCUCUGAGCCCGGCUGCUGAGGGCGGGCCAGGGCUGGCCUGUGGAUGAGGUACCACAGAUCUUGGCUCAGCUGCCGGAGCAGGCAGUGGUGGUGACCUCACCCACCGACUUACUGGCACUGGUGGGCACCACGACAAUCCAGGCCAAGGUGGUGGCAGAUGCCAGAAUACAGCUCAACGGCAGUGCCCUGGAGGGUGUCUUCAUCUUAUUGUUUGGUUGCCUCAUGGACAGGAAGGUGCAAGAGGCAUUAUGCAAACACUUCUGCCGCACCCAGCCCCCCAGCGAAUUUGCUGGCUUCAAAUUCUCACUUCUCCCCGCUGAGAGCUGGUCAGAAGUAGAUGUUCCAUAG